AUGGAGGAGCUGGCUCUGAUGACACUGCUGGAGUGUCCUCUGUGUCUGGAGCGGCUGGAUGUGUCAGCCAAGGUCCUGCCCUGCCAGCACACCUUCUGUGCCCCCUGCCUGCAGAGGUACGAGGUGGCCCACUCCCAGCUGCUCUGCCCCGAGUGUGGGGCCCCUGCCCCGGCCAUGACGGUGGAGGAGCUCCCUGCCAACCUCCUGCUGGUGCGGCUCCUGGAGGGGCUCCAAGGCGCCAUGGGGCCCAACGGCAGACAGACUGGCCGCUACGCACUGCCCUCGUUCAGGGGCGGCUCUGCACCGAGGGAGGGUCAGCAGCAGCCGGAAGGUCAACACAGAGAGAUGCAAGGUCACAGUGAGCUUGCUGUCAGAGCUUCAACGCGAAACCUGCGUGAAGAAGGAUCAGGAAAGCCUGUCCUGGCGCCUGGCAAUGGUUUCACCCCCCCGAAACACAAAGCGGAUGAAAAGUGGCACCAAGGAAACGCUGGAGACGGCAGCGGUUUGUCUGUGACUGCCAGCGCACAGCAGGCCCUCACCCCGGUGCCUCAGCUGCAGCCCCUCCAGCAGCACCCCCAGCCACUGGUUCUCUGCAGGGCGCUGUACAACUUCAAUCCAGAAGACAUGAAUCUGGAGGACAGUAAAUAUUGUCUCAGCUUCUUCAAGGGCGACAUCCUUACUGUCAUCAGGCGGCUGGAUGACCACUGGAUUGAAGCCAAGCUCGGGGACAAAGUUGGAAUUUGCCCUCAGCAGUUUACAGAGCUCCUCUCUCAGCACCAGUCAACCCGUCCUGGCUUAUUGGCUGGUACUUAUCCUGCUGUCUGCCUGUCUGUCCAACAAGUAGUGGGGCCAAUCUCUGUGGCUGCCAAGCAGCUAGAGGGAAAGAGUCGGCGGGCGAGUGACUCAGCAGAUUCUUACCAUCGCUCUGGUAAAGGGGGCAAAGACAAGGCCACUGACGCAGCCAACAGGACCGGCCAUUACGGAGUCCUUCAAGUUCCAGCUAAGACGCCCAUCAUCAAUGCUCUGCCCCUCUCCAGCCAGCGGAAACAGCCUGCGGCCGGCAGCGGCCACUUAUACCAGACGACCAACAUCAGCACCAUCAACGGCUUCAACCGUCAGGGUCAGCCACACCAGCUCUCUGUGCCCUCGGCUGCCCGGGGCCACUCUCACCACUCCAGAGUGAACUCUCAUCGAAUAAGACGCCACUCUGAACCCACGCACAGACACCUGUUACACAGUAAGAAGAUGACCAGUGAGACUCCACCCACCAUCUCUAUGGCUCUGCUAAACCCCCAGAUGUCCUCGGCCUCUGCAGACAGUAAAAACUCCUCCACGCAGCAGCUUUCCAUCAGUGUGUGUGCUGUCCUGUACUCCUACAAACCACGGCGGCCAGAGGAGCUGGAGCUGAGGAAAGGAGAGAUGGUGGGGGUGUACGGAAAGUUCAAAGAAGGCUGGCUGCGAGGGUUAUCACUCAGGACGGGCAAAGUGGGUAUUUUGCCCAGCAACUACGUCUCACCUGUGCUUAGAACGUCAGCCAGACUCCUGGAGACCAAAGCAGCUACUGCGUCCUCACAGUACAACACGGUAGCUGGAAGGAAACCGACUGCUGCCAAGAAUCCUGCUGUGGUCCUUGCUCUUGAUAGGGUGAACGCUGAUGGAGCAAUACACUCGACAGGACAGGUUCCGUCUGUGCCAAAUGGAGCACAGCAUGCAACGUCAUCCACGGGCGCUGGAAAACCGUCCUUCUAUGAUCGCUCCCAAGGUUGGGACACCGUGAGGCGUAUCUUUAACCCUCAUAGAGGAUCAAACCACUUCUCCACUUUGAAUGUCCUGUCCAACUCACAGCACUUUGCACAAGUUCAAGCGUCUGGCUACUCACCUGCCAUGCAGAGGAAGAAAAACAGCAGCAUCCUGUCUAGCUCUCGCAGAGCCAUGGGCUGGAUGACUGAGCCGCUAGCGCCCUCUGCUGCUGGAGGCCUGAAGGACAGGGACUUCACCGCUUCACAUGAGGCAACAGCUCAGCACGAUAGACAGCCCACUGGUGGGCCUCAGUCCAUUUUAGUCAGAGCUGCCUCACAGAAGAACAAUACAGAGAAGCCCGCAAAGUCAGUGCGUUUCCUCACAGAUGAAGACUCUCCUGCUCCAAGGCGUCGAACCUCCUCCUGGUCCUCAGGCUAUCAGGUCCCCACCAACUCCAGGUCGGGCCCCCCUCUCUUAGAAGUUUGGGCCCCAUCGCUCACCCUGGGAAGAGAUGGACCAGGGAUCAUUCUCAAGGAAGGAAAAGCUCCCGUUCUCCGGAAGGGCCUUGAAACAGCCAUGUCAGAGCUGAAUUCUAACCCACAAAAAACAAUGUCAUCACAACACUCCCUGUCAGCUGCAUCAGCUCAGUUUAGCCCCAGCAGACACAGAGUAACCACAACGCAUUUGGCCCAGACAGAGUCAGAAUUCAGUCUGCUCCAAGGAGAGCUCGUCCUUCUCCACAGACCUCGCCCAGACGGACGGAUUCUGGUUACUAAGGAGAGCAAUGGGCAGACGGGGCUAUUCCACAGCAGUGUUCUAAAAGCCUUAGAGAGGCUCAGCUGACUGUGUAGUACAACUGUUGUAGUAAAUAUUUCUAUACUCCAUAUGUUCAAGCUGCCGAACAACUUAAGUGACCUGCCGAACUGUGAGAUGCGAGCUGAGUUUAAAAGGUUAAGGCUGCUAAAUGACAAUCCCAUGAAUGAGUUGUUUGUUUUUGUCUUGAGUACAUAUGAGAGUAUAUGGUUAAAUAUUCCAGAGGUAUAUUUAGUGUCCUUCAGCGUAUGUACAUGUUUGUGACACAUUCCUUUGCACAAAAACCCAUCUGAUGACUGUUCCUUGUUUGAUACCCAUGUUACAUACAUUGGUGAGUGCCUUUGUUAAAACCCACACAGUAGACAAACUAUAUUUAAAUAUAUUUAGAGAUAUUAUGAUGUAAAAUAUCUGUAAUGCUUAUGUUAGAAUAAA